UUCUUCUCAUAGUUAGCUGGCAUUGUAAAGGCUUUUAGUGUUUUGAGAGAUUUUACAGGAAAACAAUUCCAGUAUGUCAGCCCUGCAAAGGAUAACCAAGGAGCUGGAGGAUAUCGCAGACGACCCUCCAGGCCAGUGCUCUGCAGGGCCCGUGGGCAACGACCUCUUCCACUGCCGCGCGACCAUCAUGGGCCCCAAAGGCUCUCCGUUCGAGGACGGAAUCUUCGACCUCGCGAUUGACUUCCCCGGAGAUUAUCCUUUUCAGCCACCCAGGAUACGUUUCCUGACACCCAUCUACCACAUGAACAUCGACGCGGACGGAGAAAUUUGCCUCGAUAUUCUAGGCAAUGAGUGGAGUCCCGGCCUGUCACUCUCCAAAGUUCUGGUGAUGAUUGUCGCCCUCCUGAACGACCCCAACCCGGACGACCCGCUUCGAUGGGACGCUUGCGAGGAAUUCAGGAACGACGAAGAUUCCUACAACAAGACAGCGCGGAGGUGGACGUAUAUGUACGCUGUCCGUUGACCAGUUUUUUUUUUUUUUUUUUUUUUUUUUUUUUUUUUUUUUAAUCUGUUUGUGUUUCUCCUUGUUCUGUGUCGUUUUCUUAUCUUUUGGUUCUUAUGCUUACAUGCAUAUAUAUACAUACGUACAUACAUACAUACAUACAUACAGACAGACAGACAGACAUACAGACAUACAUACAUACAUACAUACAUACAGACAGACAGACGCACACACACACACAUACACAAACACACACACGUUUUUCUCAUGAUGUAUCGAAAAAAUACAUCGAUACAUUUACACGACCGAUUUGAAAUUUCAGUAAAUAUUUAUAAAUUGCAAAAUGACUCGCUUCCCCUUCAUUCUAUUUUUCACAAUUAUUUGUUCUUUAGGCGCUUCAUAAGCUGCAGAAAAUGAACUAGGCUUCAAAAUGCGAGUGUUUCAUUUAAAAAUCAGAGACAUUCAUUGUUCAAAACAAUGAUUAGCCUUUUUACCAUGAACGAACAAAAACAAAAAGAUUAAAAAAAACAACAAAAAAACUAAACAAUCCUACUUUGUGAAUAGAAGAUGAUAAAUAUUUAUAUUACGCAAGUUUGAAAAGCAUAUUUUCCCUACAAUAGAGUAUAGGAGAUGAUGUAUGGUGACACGUGUAUUGGUUUCAGUGUCGCUUUUACUGCUUUCGACGAAUCGCUGAAUCGGAAUCGCUUGAGGCAAUUUUCAAGUAGCGAUGUUUCGGUAGCGCCUUAAGAUAAUUCUGUGUAUUGAUGCCCAUCACUAGACAUGUAUGUGUGUGUGUGUGUGUGUGUGUG